GUCUCCUCCCAGCUUCAAGGUCCCCCUCUUUUCCACGGACAUGCAGAACACCGCACCCGUACCGACGACGACAACCGCUUCAAAAAUGCAACCUUUCAACAACAGUUUAUUUGGAUCAUUCGAUGACCCAAUUCUCAAUGCAAGAGCUGCACAAGUUGCCCUCGCUGAUAUUGAUGUUAAAAAUGUGCCGCAGUUGACAAAUCCACUUAUGAGACCACAUGAUAUGUUCAGCUAUAGCAACUACUUUUCGGGAAUCCACGACACAUCCGCCGCCACAAACAUCUACCAAGGACUCCCAAGCUCUUCAGAACCAUUCGAUGCAUCUGUAGUUGUGCCAACAUCCUCAGAUGAUCAAAUGACACCCUUACAACAAGUAAUGGCAAUGCAACAAUCAUAUGGAGCACCUCCACCAUUUCAAUACAAUAUGACUCAUCCAUUUUCAACAACAUCCAUUGCCAGUUCUAAUAAUCUUGCUCGUUACCCAAUUGCCCCGCCAACUUCAGAUAUGGACACUGAUCCGAGACAAUUGGAGACGUUUGCAGAGCAUUUCAAGCAGAGAAGAAUAAAAUUAGGAGUCACACAGGCGGACGUUGGAAAAGCACUUGCUCAUCUGAAAAUGCCUGGUGUCGGAUCAUUAUCCCAGUCCACGAUCUGCCGCUUCGAAUCUCUCACCCUUUCCCAUAACAACAUGGUCGCACUGAAACCAAUUCUACAUUCCUGGCUGGAGAAAGCUGAAGAGGCUAUGAAACAAAAAGAUACAAUUGGAGAUAUCAAUGGAAUUUUGCCAAAUACUGAUAAGAAACGGAAGAGAACUAGUAUUGCUGCUCCUGAGAAAAGAGAACUAGAACAGUUUUUCAAACAACAACCAAGACCAUCUGGAGAACGAAUUGCCUCAAUUGCCGAUCGAUUGGAUUUGAAGAAAAAUGUUGUUCGCGUCUGGUUUUGCAAUCAACGGCAGAAACAGAAAAGAGAUUUCCGUUCCCAAUUCCGUGCAAGAAGUGCAGCAGCAGUAAUGGGUCCACGUGUGAUGCCAGUUUUAAAUGGAAAUAAUUCAAAUAAUAAUCUGAAACAGGGUCAGACAACAUACAAUGGGCUACCUGGAUUCUUUGAUUAGUUUCGUUUUCGUGAACACAUUUUCCCCGAUUUUUAGAGUUUCAGUUUUAAUCACAAUGGGUAUAUUUCUUUUUUUUUUUGAAUUUAUAAUCUCUCCUUCUCUGAUGAUGAGGAUCGACCACUGAAAAUAUUCAGUGAGCUUUUCUUAUUUUUUUAAUUGUUUUAUUUGAGCUUUCUGAUGUCUCUCUUCCCCUUUUCGAUGUUCCUCAACAUUUUUAGCGACAAGAUCUCUAUUUUUGAAGUAUUGUUUUCCAUUCUUUCAUGACUUUUUCUCAAACAUCGAAUCAUUCCAGAUCAAUGAAAUGCCUCGUAAAAUAAAUAUAAUUCAUUUCUAAAAAA